AUGCGUCUCUCUGCAGUGGCUGGGUUAUUAUCCACUCUUUCAGUUGUGCUAGCUUCAAGUCAUAGUUCAAACCCCCGGCACCAUGAUGCAUAUAAGAGGUCCUCUGGUGAUGCUUCCACGUCAUCCGAAUACGACUAUGUGGUGGUUGGAUCUGGUCCUGGUGGUGGUCCUCUAGCAGCGCGAUUGGCAAUUGCCGGAUAUAAAGUGCUUCUUUUGGAUGCCGGUGAUGACCAGGGUAAUGCUACCCGGCAAAUCGUCCCUGCCUUGCAGCUACAGUCCACCGAGUAUGAGCCGAUGAGAUGGGACUACUUUGUGAACCACUACUCGAAUACUUCACGCCAGGAGGAAGACACCAAAAUGACAUACCGGACUCCUGGAGGGGGACUUCAUGUCGGACCUGAUGCACCUGAUGGUUCUGAACCUUUAGGCAUCAUGUAUCCAAGGGCAGGAACCUUGGGAGGUUGCUCUGCCCACAAUGCCAUGAUUACUAUUUACCCGUACGAGAAUGAUUGGGAGCACUUGGCCGCUCUCACUGGCAAUGAGUCCUGGUCUGCCUCAAACAUGCGAGGAUACUUCGAACGAUUAGAGCGUAAUCGAUAUAUCCCGAGCGGCCUGCUCGGUCAUGGAUUUGAAGGAUGGCUCACCACAAGUCUGACCGAUUUGCGUCUCGUCAUUGAAGACCAAAAGCUCCUUUCUCUCAUUCUUGCCGGUGCGACAGCUGCGGGUCAGACUCUGUUGGGUAAAAUAGUCAACACUGUGACGGGCCUUGCAGGUGUCCUUUUACGCGAUCUAAACAACGCCUCACCGACACGUGAUUACUAUACCGGCCCAUACCAGGUGCCUCUUGCUGUGGAUGUUCCCGAGUACAAGCGUACCGGCCCACGAGAGUUUCUCAUGAAGACUGUCAAUGCCGUCAACUCGGAUGGCACUCGCAAGUAUCAUCUUGACAUUCAGCUGAACACGCUAGUGACCAAGGUCAGCUUUGAUACCUCUGGACCCAAGCCGCGUGCUCUUGGUGUGGACUAUCUCUUGGGUCAGAGCCUCUAUCGUGCGGACCCCCGCGCAUCUCGCACAUCCUCUAACGGUACACCUGGUAGUGUGAAUGCUGCUCGUGAGGUAAUUCUAUCUGCAGGCUCAUUCAACACGCCCCAAUUGUUGAAGCUUAGUGGAAUUGGCCCAAAUGAGGAGCUGUCUGAGCUGGGUAUCUCCACGCUGGUGAACUCGCCCGGCGUUGGUUCGAAUCUCCAAGACCGCUACGAGAUCGGCACAAUUGGAAAAUCCCCGACUGAUUUCGUCCUCACCUCUAAAUGCACUUUCAUGUAUACCAUGCCCGAUCCCUGUCUGGAACAGUAUGACAAUGAUCCUUUGUUCAAGGGCACCUAUACCACCAAUGGAAUUGCCAUUGCGAUCAUCCGCAAGUCGUCCGUCGCCGAGGAUGAGCCGGAUCUGCUGAUUUCGGGGGCCCCUGUCAACUUCCCUGGUUAUUAUCCCAACUAUUCAUAUGAAGGUCUCAAAGAUGCGCAACACUGGACUUGGAUCACUUUGAAGUCACGCAGUCGCAACAACGCAGGCACAGUGAAGCUGCGCUCCACUGACCCCCGCGACAUGCCCGAAAUUACCUUCAACUCAUUUGAUUCCGGCGUGACAGAGAACGAUGCCGAUGAGAAAGACCUCCAGGCUGUUUACGAAGCUGUGGAGUUCUCUCGCACAAUCUUUGAUGAUCUCGUUCCUCUCGACGGUGGAUUCGACGAGGUCUGGCCGGGUCCCAACGUUACCACCGAGAGAGAGGUCAAAGACUUCAUCAAGCAGGAGGCUUGGGGUCAUCAUGCCUGCUGCACUGCUGCUAUCGGAGAGGACAGUGAUGAAAAUGCCGUGCUGGACUCAGACUUCAGAGUGCGUGGCGUUGAUGGUUUGCGUGUUGUGGAUGCCUCGGUGUUCCCAAAGAUUCCCGGAUACUAUGUCGCGUUGCCUAUCUACAUGAUCAGUGAGAAGGCUGCUGAAGUUAUUAUUGCCGAAGCCGUUUGA